AUGAAGGGCUUGAGGCUCUUUCCAUUCCCGAGGCCAGAAAUACAACUUUCCAGAGCUUGCCGUAAAGUCGAUGCAAAAUAUCCCGGAUCAAAGAAGGCAGCUUUUAAAAAAAAUCGACUACAUCCAGACACAACUAAAAAGAUCCGUCAAGAAGUUGCUGAAGAACUAGGAUUGAACACCACUCAGGCUUCUGAACCUAUAAUAGAUACAAGGGAUCAAGAACACGAAGAUAGACAAAACGCAGAAGACCAAGUAACGGAAAUUGAGCGGGAACCAACUAUUGUAGAGACCGAGGAAACCAGAACAUUCCAGAUACUUCAAAAAAAUAUCCUUCUAUAUAGUGGUAUGAAUCCAAGAAUGAGACCUACUAUACCCAGACUAAAAACUUCAAAUCAAACAAAGAACAUAAUAAGUACCGUAAACAACGUGUUAGCGCAUAUCAUUAAUGACUGUAAUGAUAUUAUUACUCUGCACGACUACAUCUAUUCGGCAGCGGUCACAAUAACAGAAAUGCAUAACCAAACCACCACAACAGCUCACAGUACCAGAUCCAAAUCAAGGCAACCGGCAUGGCAAACUAGACUGGAGAAAAAAAUUAAGUGGAUAAGAAAAGAUAUAGGCAUUCUUACACAAUAUACAACGUCGACCAAGCAUACCUCAAGAAUAACGAGGAAGGUGAACAUCAUAAUAGAUAAAUAUAAAAAUGACUAUAACAAGACAACAGCGGAAAUAUUAGACUACACCAAGCAGAGACUACAAAUAUAUGCCAACAGAAUGCGCAGAUAUAAAGAAGCAUACCAAAGAAGAAUUGAUAAUAAACUUUUCCAAAACAAUCAAAAAGCAUUUUAUAGAAAGAUCCAAAAUCCAUACGAUCAAACGCAUAACAAUAAUACACCCACAGCAAAGGAAACUCGUGAUUUUUGGUGUAAGAUAUGGGAAGAACCUGUCAGACAUAAAGAAAAUACAGAAUGGAUAAGACGUGAAACAGAGCGAAUGAGCAACGUUCAAAAGAUGCCUGCACAAAAUAUUAGCAAAGAAGAUGUAAGACGAUGCUUAACAGGAACACACACAGAAUGGAUAAGACGUGAAACAGAGCGAAUGAGCAACGUUCAAAAGAUGCCUGCACAAAAUAUUAGCAAAGAAGAUGUAAGACGAUGCUUAACAGGAACACACAACUGGAAAAUGGCGGAACCAGACAAGCUCCAAAACUACUGGUAUAAAAAACUAACAUGCAUUCAUGAAAAGAUAGCAGCAAUACUUAACGACUUUCUUAAACAGCCGAACACCAUACCAAAAUUCCUCACAGAAGGCAACACCUAUCUCUUACCUAAAACCAUGACAUCUUCUAGCGAUCAAUCAAAAUAUAGGCCUAUAACCUGUUUGCCUACACUCUAUAAGUUACUAACAGGUAUUUUAUGUAAUAAAAUAUAUGAACAUAUUGAUACCAAUAAUCUGAUGACUCAAGAACAGAAAGGAUGUAGGAGGAAGGCUCAGGGAUGUAAAGACCAACUAAUAAUCGACGCAGUAAUCAUGGAACAUGCGAAAAAGAAUAAAAGAGACCUGCAUACAGCAUUCAUAGACUACCAAAAAGCGUUCGACAGCGUGCCCCACUCCUGGCUGAUAGAGAGUCUUAGGCUGUACAAAAUCGAUACACAAAUUGUUACACUACUGGAAAGCCUUAUGAAUUCAUGGAAAACGAACCUGAUAUUGAAUAACCAGACCACAGACAUUUCGAUUCAUAUUAAACGGGGAAUAUUCCAGGGUGAUGCACUAAGUUCCCUCUGGUUCUGCAUUGCAUUAAAUCCAUUAAGCAGCAUGUUAACCCACACGGACAGUGGAUUUAAGAUAUCUGAAGAAAAUGUGAGUCACCUUAUGUAUAUGGAUGAUAUCAAACUGAUAUCCAACACACAAAAUGGUCUAAAUAAACUUAUAAGAACAACUGAAGAAUUUUCCAAUGAUAUAAGAAUGAACUUUGGCCUAGAAAAAUGUAAAACAAACCAUAUGAAAAGAGGAAAAUGGUGUCAGUCAGAUGACUUCAUCCUUCUAGAAGAAUCAGGAGGAGGAACUGUGAGAUCUAUGGAUAAACAUGAAACAUACAAAUAUCUAGGGUUUAUACAGUCACAGGGAAUUAAUGGCAGUGAAAUGAAAAAUCAAAUAAAGAACACAUUCAAGACCCGAUUAAAUGCUGUCAUGAAGACCCAGCUCUGCGGAAGCAAUAAAGUCCAAGCUACAAAUACAUUUGUAAUGCCAACGAUAACAUAUAGCUUUGGAAUCAUUAAAUGGACCCCUACAGAACUGGACGAACUAAACAGGUCUGUUAGAACAACGUAUACAAAAUAUCGAUCCCAUCAUCCAAAAGCAUGUAAAGAACGUUUCCAUCUUCCAAGAGAUAUAGGGGGGCGAGGCGUCAUGGAUCUGCGACUACAAUAUAAAAAACAAAUUAAAAACCAACGAACGUACUUCCACAUGAUAGCAUCAACAUCAAGCCUCUAUGAUACCAUAAGCAAAACAGAUAAAAAGUUGACGCCUCUGAAUCUUAGUGAUAAAGAAAUGAAUAUAGAUGCUGGUUACACAAUAGCCCUGCAAAAAAGCAAGUGGCAAGGAAAAGAGCUACAUGGCCGAUACCUCAACACACUUGAUCUGGACAGCAUUCAUAAGCCAGCUUCAGUAGCAUGGCUAACACACGGAACGAUUUUCCCAGAGACAGAGGGAUUUAUGUGCGCAAUUGAAGACGAAGUAAUAGCCACAAGAUCAUACCUAAAAUAUAUAAUAAAGGACCCCACAAUUAAAACAACUGUAUGCCGAAUGUGCGGAGAAGGAAACGAGAAUAUAGAACACAUUAUUAGUAGUUGUACAACGCUAGCUUGA